AUGAGCCCGUCGAGGACUGGCUCCUCGCGAUCCAGUUCAGAUGGAUCUCACGUCGGACUCCUGAACGAGAAGCACGACUUCGACUACAACUUACAGACCACAAGCACCAGCUCCUGGACGAGCAUCGGCUCCUCUCGCCAGAUACCCAAGAUCACCUUAUGCUUGUCGGUCAAAUACCUGACAAAAAUCUUAAGUCAACUGUUCAACCUCUUUAUCCCGAGUUUUCUCCAACGACGGCUUCAUAAUGACCAGGCCAAACCAGACAAGGUUGCCCCAACGGCAUUUCUCGAUGGCAUGCGUGGGCUUGCUGCCUUUGUGGUCUUCAUCUGUCACCUCACCUAUGGCACUUUUGAUAUUGCCCACGCCUGGGGCGCCGUCCCGGACCCAGAACACCAGCCGAUCUCUGUCUUUCGGGAAUAUCUACGAUUACCCAUCGUCCGCCUUCUCUACUCUGGCCCUCCCAUGGUCGCCAUCUUCUUUGUAAUUUCGGGCUACGCACUCAGCUACAAGCCUCUGAAGCAGAUGCGGUCGCGGCAGCAAGAACAGCUGAUGACGACCAUGACCUCGUCCAUCUUCCGACGGGGGUUGAGAUUGUUCCUCCCAUGCCUCGCCUCGACGUUCCUCGUCAUCUGUCUGGCCCAGCUCAACCUGUACAAACUCACCGAAGGGUUUUCCAACCAAAUGCGCAUGAUCCGUGAGAGCCACUGCUACACUCAACCGAACCCCUGGCUGCAGUUUACGGACUGGCUGGUGCAGAUGCUAAUCUUUGUGGACGUCUUCAACUGGAAUAUCUUCGCAGGCUCCAUCGAGCUCGAUCGGCAUCUCUGGACCAUCCCCGUCGAGUUUCGAUGCAGCAUGGCCUUGUUCUUGACGCACAUGAUGGUCGCGAGGAUGUCCGCCCGGCUGAGGCUGUCGACUCUGGCGGCACUGAUCAUUUGGGGCAUCUCAUGGGACCGGUGGGAACUGUGUCCGUUCUGGGCGGGAAUGGUGAUUGCCGAGCUGGAUAUCAUUUGGACGACGCUCAAGCAGCCCGAGCUGCCGUCGGUCGCAAACAGCCAACCACCUCACAAGCCGCGACUAUCGUCCAAGCUCCUGUAUUGGGCCGCUUUCUGCGCUUCCCUUUUCCUGCUCUCCUAUCCGGAUAUUGACGCCCACGCCACACCGGGAUACCUGGCCCUGACCAACCUCAUCCCCGCCAACUUUACCCAGAAGCAUCGCUUCUGGCCCAACAUCGGCGCCGUCAUGAUCGUCUGGUCGUCGUCGCGGCUGGGCUUUUGGCGAAACAGGGCCUUCUGUUGGAGCCCGAUCCAGUACCUGGGGAAAAUCAGUUUCCCUCUGUACGUGAUGCAUGGUCCGGUCAUCCACACGUUGGGCUACUUGAUUCUCCCUCCAACACCCGAAAUAGAAACACCGGAUAUCAUGAGACAGUUCCAGCUGGAGUUCCUCAAGUCGUCGAUCAUCAUUGUCCUGGCCGUCAUUUGGGCUGCAGACGUCUUCCUCCGAGGCGUCGACACCCCCUGCGUCAACCUCACUCGAAAAUUGGAGAAAGUCUUCUUCAGUGGAUGA